CCGUCUUUUAGGUGGUUUUUUCAUGGAGAAAAUCCCUCUCCUUUGCACAUUUUUCGGUCGAAAUGUGGUGAGGACCACCUGCGCUCGCCAGGCCAUCUUUCCUGCUGCAGGGACGAGGUUCCUCCUAUCUGUGUCGUUUCUUUUUGGAGGGACCUCGAUACCCCUCUUUACUUUGUUUUUCUUCUUCCCAGCGAAGGGGAGUCUGGUGUCUCCUUAUCUGCCCUCUCUGCGCCCACAUUCGCCUCCAUUCCACCACCAGGUACGCGCUACCCUCUGCGUGAGCUUCGCGGUUAUACACCUGUCACACGCAUGUGCAGCGGUAAAGAAUGAGGUUCUCUCUGAGGAGGAUGUUCCGGUUUUCAGCGAACGUUGAAGGCGCUCAAAAAGCCAGCACCCACCGUUCUGCCUGUGGAAGGCGUAGGGUACCGAGCGUUGAGCGGCCAGUGUUCUGUUGAGACACCCGAUGUCGAGGACUUCGUUUUCCGGAUCCAAGUUCGAGUCUGCUUUCGCGACCGCGUCGUGCUUCCAGUCGAGUUUGUUCUGCUCUGUGAGAAACAUCGGGGUGCCCCCAGAAAGUUGCCUCUACUUCGCCGAGAGUUCCGUGGUCCAGCCGUCUCGCAUAUGCGCGCUGCUGAGCACGCAGCUGUCUACUGGAAUCGAUUUGGGUGGUCUCUCGUUGGCACCGAUGAAGACACAUGCAGUCAUCGGAAAAUACACAGGACUUCGGAACAUGCAACGGGACAAGUUACAGACAAAUGGUUCCUCACCUGGGCCUGUGGACUCAAGUAGGUGCCACUGGUCGCCACAGUUGUUUGACUGAAAUUUACUGUGCAUUCUGCUUUCCACCAAAAUGGAGGUCGACCAUCGACCCUGGUCUCCGCCUCGCAACAGAGACUCUGCGGCGGGGCAUGCUUCUCCCCCGUUAGAAGCAACCUCGGCGCGAGGAAACACCUUUCUCCUUCCUGCCUCGGAGCCGAACUUUUCUCCCGCCAAAGAUUUGUCCUUCUCUGGCGCGGGUGUGGGCCUCGUUUUCGAGGACAACUCUGUAAGGAACGAGACCGCGCUUCCUGAAUCUCCUCCUGGUAUGGCGUCUCUCACAGCCUCCAACAGCCCACCAUUCUCCUCAGUAUCUUCUCAUCCUCACAGUGCUUCUGCCUCUCCACCUCCCUCUUCUUCUGCCUCUCCACCUCCCUCUUCAUCUUCCUCCUCUCCACAUCCGUCGUCUUCUGCCGCAGGUUCUCGCGCUUCUCACGGCGAAAGAAGCGAGUCUGAACCUGCGAGCGGCGUCGACCUUGUCCGUCAUCCGGAGAGUAUGGAUGAGUUGUUGGCGGCAACGCGUAUGGCCGCGGACCGAAUCGCCUCUGCGCGUCAGACCUCUCCGUUUGCGCCGAGUCUUCCAGGUUUCUCUCUUCGCUUCUUCUCCUUCCUCGUAGCGUUCCUCUCCGUCUUUGCCGUCCAUCUCCACAUCGCAUCUCUCUCUCUCCUCGUCCGCAGAGACGCCGCAGAGCUUACAACGGGGCAGCCGUUUGCUGGAGAGGUCGAACGCGCCGCUGCGCCCGAGGGCUCCGGCGGCGCCACGCACAGCGAGGCGCGAGGGAGUCUCUCUGUGGGUCCCUCUCUGGCAUCCGCUUUUGCCGGUCUCGAUCUCUCCACUGUGGGGUCAAGCGUCGGAGACAUCAGAGGGAACACACCGCGGGUGUCGAGUGGAGAUCGCUUCACUCCGGUCGUGCGUCCUGGGGAGUACGGGGAAGCGAGCGUUUCUUCUUUCCAAAACGCCAAAGAAACGCAUGCAGAUCCACGGAUCCUGGAGGAGAAGAAGAAGACGGAACCAGGGUCGCUGGCGUCGCUCUUUUUUUCUCGAGGACAAACGCCCGGGCUUUCGCGUCCUGAAGAGUCCACUUCGUCUUCCUUGAAAGAGGCUGCGUCUGCGCUCUCUGCGUCGCUACAAGAGUCGCCGUCUUCCGAGUUCUUCGUGACUUCGCUCCUCGAUAUGUCCGCGCUUCUGACGUCUGCCUCGCCCCUCCCCGCCUCAUGGCCUGUCGCAGAGGACAUCCUCAUCGCCUGGCACCUCGUCUGUCAGGCCCUCGGGUGUCUCUUCUUCGGCUGCGCUGCGGACUCCAAGGGGCGACGCUGGGUGCUGUCCAGAGCUCUCAAACUGCUUGCUUUCUCCUCUCUCGCAUUCACUGUCUCUGCUCUUCUCACGGCGCGCAUCUUUCACAAGGAACCUGCAGGACAUCUCUCAAAUCCCCCACAGCCUUCUUCCUCUUCUCCUCUCUCGGCUUCUCUCUUGAGUGCUAGAAGUGCAAUCCCUCUUGAGAAUUCCGGGCCGCAGGCGCCGGCAGUUGCAGGGUCUCUGGCGCGGGCGAGGAGGGCAGGCCUUAUGAGGCUCGUCGACCUUCAAGCAGAGACAGACUCGCAGACAGGCGAAGCGGGCAAAGAGAGAGCAGACACGAGUCGGGAAACAGACGCGUCUCGCUCUGAGGUCUCGGCGUCAAUUCUUCGAGCAACUCGGGGACAGGCUGGGGCCUUCAACAAAGUCGCGCGAGAGACGCCGAAACAAGUAGAGAGUCUCCCUCAGUCGACGAAGGCGCAAGAUGGAAACCUGACAAAACAAAGCAGUUUUCCGCUCGAUGUAGUGGAGAGCUUGCGAUGGGACUCGCGAAAAGAUGUCCGAGAGGCAGGCGGGGAAAUGGGAGACGCUGGAGAAGGCGAGGCUGCUGUUUCUGCGUCGGCAAACAGCUCACCCGCCAGCAGUUCUUGGAUGUCAAUCCUAGAGGAGGAUGGAGAAGAAAAUCCCUUUUCUUCAGAUGCAUCUGGUGCGCGAGGCGUGAGGGUUCCAGCAAACUUUUCAUCUCUCCUUUCGCCACCUCUCCUUGUCCAUUCCCUCACGAGUCUGGCCCCUGGAGAGCUGAGAAGAAGAGAGACAUUUCAGAAGCCGGACUCUUCACUGUCGCCUUCCUUUUCGUGGGAGACCUUGCGCGGCCUUGGUGUCUCUCUGAUGCAUGCAGUUCUCGUGUUCUUCGCGCGAGCUUUCCAUGUCUUAAAGUCCUUCUCGCUCUCCGCCUCUGUCUGGCUGCCCACUGUCGCUGCCCCGUUGUUCGCUCUCUUCUUCUUCUCCAUGGCUGCUGCCGCCUGCGGGGGAGUCUUCGUCGCUGCCCACUGCAUCUGCUUCGAGGCCGCGGCAGCCUUCCGGCUGUCUAUACACUCGAAGCAGUCUGAGGGAAGCGCCGCGGCGGAGUCGUCUUCACCUGCUGAGGCAGCGUCUCCUGGGAGUCCCCUUUGCUCGCCGAGGACAAGAGACGAGGACGGAGCGUUGGCAAGUCGGGUGUCUAGGGACCCUGAGGCGCUCGAUUCUUCUCUUCUCUCGGCUGCUUCCCCCGUGCGAGAAGGGAGGCUUCCUUCUGGGGUCUGGCGGCCAGCGAAAAAGUUUUUCUCUCGGCUGUUCACGCCUCUUUCCCGAGCGCUUCGGCGCCAGCAGUCGCCCCGCGCUGGCAGUCGGUUUGCCUUCUCCUCUUCGCCGUACAUCCCGAUUGCGUAUCUGGUGGCGGUGCAGAUGGCUGCUCACUUUUUUCUGCCAGUUGUUCUCUCUGCAGCUCUCUCGAAACUGGCGCCGUCAGCUCCCGCAGUCUCCAUUGCGCCCUUCCCCUUGUUCUGUCUGGGCGCCUCGUUUCCUCUGCCUCUGUGCCUUCUUCUCGUCCUUGUCACCGACUGCGUGCUCACGGAAAAUCCGUACUUCCUCUCGCAACGCGCUUCUCUGCUGAAGGCUCUGCGAUCUGGACAGCAUGAAGAAGCGGAGCUGCACACCAGCGGCCCGUCUAGCAGGGUACACCCCACUCCGAGCGACGACUCUCGCUUCUCUUCCGCCACCUACUUGGUGGUCAACAUCCAGAGUUCUCCGGAGUCGGGAGCGAACCCCAAACCGCUCUCUCUGAGAAGUUCGUCCAAACAUGGACAAACUUCUUUUCCAGAGGCGUGCAUUCGGUCGCCCGGGUCUUCUUCGCCUUCAGAGUUGAACUCCGACUCGCAGGAACCUCACGUUCAGAGACGAAUUCGUCUGGAGACUUCGCGAGCCUCCCGACGGAGCUCGUCGUCGCCUGCCAACGAGCUGUUAGCGCCUCUUCUCGCGGGGUCCGGAGAAGACGAAGGCGAGGCUGUCUCGGCGUCGGUUGAGGACCCGCAACCUCCAGAAAGAAGCGAUAGAAGGUUCCUGACUUCUUGCCUCCGUGCUCCUUUCUUUUGGUUCUGUUCCUGGCGUGCGAGACGGUCUUGCAUGCAGUUUUCGUGCCUCUGCGCGGUGGCGUCAGCAGCGCAGAAGUCGCUUCCGGUGUACAGACAGUACCUGGGGACAAAGCGCGUGACGUCGCUCUGGGGUGUCACUGCACCUGCGGCCUUUAUCGGCGCGGCCUUGUGUCUUCGCGGUUUUUUCCGGUUUCUUUUGCUGGACUGUGUCGUCCUCCGAGACGGGGAAAAGGCCGUCGUUCAGCCGACCGGAGGAAGUUUGGGGUUUUCCUCUCGACAGACUCAGAUGGCAACUCUCGGUCCGCUGACGACGUUGGAUCUCCCGUGGUAUGGGAUCCCUGUCGCGCCCGUGGCGGGCGUCGCUGCGGAUCCUGCGAUUCGUCUCGAGCCGAGCAUUGAGCCGCAGCUGCGUCUGUUCCAUUUGAGCAUUCCCGUGAUGUUGGUGCGCGUCCUCACUGCGAUUCUCCCCGUCUUCCUGCUCUCUCUUUUGCCCCCGAAGCCGCUGCAGAUGGUGGGCGGCAUCAUCUGUGGCUUCAUGAGUUUCGGGAUUGCCUUGACACUCACCACACUCAGCCAGCGCUUCCCGUCGAUUCCUCCCAUCUCGGCGUCGAAGACCGCGUCGCUUCUCUACGAAGUUGUCUUCUCCUGGUGCAGCUUCGCUCCGGCCUUCACCGUCGCCCUUCUCCCCCUCCAGGGGUUCCACACGGGUGUUCGCGGAGGCGCGGCAGGGGCGGCCUCUGCGUGCGUCCGAGCGGGGGCUGGUCUGGCCAUUCUCGCCGUUCAGCUGCUGUUCCGGCUCCCUUCUUGGUGGGACUUUCCCGACAUUUUCUCGACUGACGAUACGUCCUCCGCUCCCUCACUCGACUCCGUGCUCGGCGCUGACGGCUCGGCUGCUGGCCCGAGUGUGCGUACACCGGAGCAACCGGUGGGCGCCGGGCUACCUGCUGUGACAAGCGGUGACGACGCGUGCUCGGCAGAGGCAGUGGCUGCGGCCAUGUUCGCGUGCGGGUACUAUGUGAUAGCGGCGGCGCUGACGCUGAUGCUCACGACGCAUGUUCGCUUGCCCAAGUUCUUCGGGGACCAGAUCGUCGAGGAAGAGGAAGAAGGCCUCCAGGACUUGACUGCAGAGGCGCGACGAAGAAGACGGAAAAACUCGGCUCGACCGGAACUCUGCCGCCUCGUGUCUCAGCGUUGGGGAGCCCAGUGGGUCGAGGGCGAAGAGGAAGGCGUUGGGGUCAUUCUCGACCGGCUGUACAUACACCUCGUGACACACCCUGUCGACAGCAGCGGCGGGGAGCUGGAGGACGACGACGAUUUGGAAGAAGUCGGGGACGACGUGCGCUUGCCAGGACCCGAGAGUGAACAGCCGAAGGAGGGGGGUGUCGAGGAGCGAGCGGACGGAGGGAGUGGACGAUGUAGCCCGCGUCGAGCGCUGAGGAACAGGAAGAGUUCUGUGUAUCCCAAGUGAAAUCCGACCAGGGUCUUUGUAGCGUUUCCAAGAGCGCGAGGUCACGUAGAGCUCCGUCUCGCGUACACGCGUCUGGGCACAGGUGCACAUGCAUAUUUGCACCUGGUGACAGCGUGCGUGCGUAUACGGUGUAGAGACACUCGUACAUCGAGUGAGUCCUGGAAGCGAGGCGAGUCUAAAGGGAGCGCUUUUCGUGUAAGAGAGUUUCUCCAGGGUUGUUUUUAAACGAUGCGUGGAUUUCGUGGGAUGGAGAAGACUUUUUCAAUUCGGAACAGUAGUGUAGGGUGUUGCAGAAGACGGGCCUUCAUCGAUUUGAAGAAUUCUUGUGCUGGAUGGAAGAUCGUGUACGAACAGUUCGAAAACAGGUAUUGUCACCCUAAAAUUCGCCUUGAGGCUCUCGCGCACGACGUGCACUCGACUUUCUUUUUUCGACUGUAUCUUCGGAAAAACUGCCCUCCACUGACAAGUGCCACUGUCCAAAUCACAACCAGUCGCAAACACAGCACCGACACUUGAAGGCAGUGCCUGGCGUCCGUUCCCUUCACGGAGCUUUACAUCUUGCUAUUUGUCAAAAUCUCAGCGUUUCGUCAGAGUCCGUAGACUAGGGAAGACUGCAGAUAGACUGACGAAUAAGCUGUCGUUGACAGAAGUUUA